AUGGAGACGAUCCGGUCCAUAUUCUGGAAACCAGACCCGGAAGCGCAAAAACGAAAAUGCAACGCCCUCGUCCGCCAAAACGUCCGCAAGCUUGACCGCGAUAUCCAGCAGCUCAAAGCGCUCGAAGCCAAAACCAAAGGCUUCAUACAGCAGGCAGCGAAGCGCGGCCAGCGCAAUCCCUCACAAGCGAAGCAAGCCGCGCAGGAGACACGUAUAUUCGCGCGCGAGCUUAUUAGGGUGCGGAAGCAGAAUGCGCGGCUGGCAACCAGCAAGGCACAGCUGCAGAGCGUGCAGAUGCAGGUCAACGAGGCGUUCUCGGUGCGCAAGAUUGAGGGCAGCAUACGUGCGUCGACGGGCAUCAUGAAGGAUGUUAAUAGCCUGGUCAGGCUGCCAGAGCUCACGGGCACCAUGCGCGAGUUGAGUCAGGAGCUGGUUAAGGCGGGCAUUAUUGAGGAGAUGGUUGGGGACAGCUUGCCGGAUAGCGAGCUGCUGGAGGGUGAAGACGAGGAGGCUGAGGCUGAGGUGGACAAAGUGCUGGGCGAGAUCCUUAAGGAUAGGCUACCGCCGACUGCACAGCAGCCAGAGGUCGAGCUGCCAGCGCAGCCGGUCGAGGAUUUGGAGGACGAGGAACAGGAACAGAUGAUCGCUCAGAUGCGAGGGCGUCUCGAGGCCCUGAAGAGCUGA